AUGACAGGUGACGGUCGCCCGCCGUUGUCACAUUUACUUUUCCCGUUAAUAAUCGAAUUUGGCGACCCCGACCUCAUCAUCGGUCGGCGGUCCGUCACUCAGUCCCCAGGAGCCUGUAUCAGUCCCCCAGGAGACUCUGCAAGUCCCCAGGAGACUCUGCAAGUCCCCCAGGAGCCUGUAUCAGUCCCCCAGGAGCCUGUAUCAGUCCCCGAGGAGCCUGUAUCAGUCCCCCAGGAGCCUGUAUCAGUCCCCCAGGAGCCUGUAUCAGUCCCCCAGGAGCCUGUAUCAGUCCCCCAGGAGCCUGUAUCAGUCCCCCAGGAGCCUGUAUCAGUCCCCCAGGAGCCUGUAUCAGUCCCCCAGGAGCCUGUAUCAGUCCCCCAGGAGCCUGUAUCAGUCCCCCAGGAGCCUGUAUCAGUCCCCCAGGAGCCUGUAUCAGUCCCCCAGGAGCCUGUAUCAGUCCCCCAGGAGCCUGUAUCAGUCCCCCAGGAGCCUGUAUCAGUCCCCCAGGAGCCUGUAUCAGUCCCCCAGGAGCCUGUAUCAGUCCCCCAGGAGCCUGUAUCAGUCCCCCAGGAGCCUGUACCAGUUCCCCAGGAGCCUGUACCAGUCCCCCAGGAGCCUGUACCAGUCCCCCAGGAACCUCCACGAGUUCUCAAGAGCCUUUACGACUCCCCAGGAGCCUCUACGAGUCUCCAAGAAUCCCCUGUAACCUCAAUAACCCUCCCCCCCUCCCCAACAUCCAUUACUUCUAAUGAUAUAUUUUGCUUAGCAAGGAAUGAGAAUGCGCAGCAUCCAGCAGUUAUCUCGGGGAACAGUGAGAGAAGAAUGAACUCUCUCCUUAUACUCCACAAGUUGUGUUGCAAUAACUUGGGUCUGGGCGUGUCGGGAUGUCAGUGA